AUGCCUCUGGGGCUGGCGGUGCUGGUGGCAGUGCUGGUGGCAGUGCUGGUGGCGAUGCUGGUGGCGGUGCUGGGAACGGAUGGAGAGGUGCCGGGAUUAAAAGUGUCGUUGCAGGAUCGUGGAUCGCUGAGUGUGGUGGCUUGUGAUGAGAACGUCUUUCGGGUAUCCUAUCUGAUUGAUGCAGAGGCCCGUCGGCUGCAGGCUGGACACGAGAUGCGCCCUGCCUGCAGCGCUGCGGCCCAGGCCAGCGGCCGCCUGCAGCUCCAGGUCGACGCUGCUGCUGCCACGCUCACCACGGGUCUGGGUGCCAAGGUUCAGAUCAACGCCGAUACACCGAAUCGUCCGCCCGCCAUCACCCUGACCCUGAAUGGUCAUCUGAUGCACCAGGACUUUGUACCAGGAGCCUAUCGUCACGAUGCUGCCCCACAGGCGGCCCAGACGCCGCGGGCAGCAGGCGCUGUCUCGCACCUGACCCAGAUCCUUCCCGGCGAUCACCUCUACGGCCUGGGCGAUGCCUCGGGUACCUUGGAGCGCUCUGGCCAACGUUUUAGGCUUCAUGCCGUGGACGGCAUGGGCUACGAAGCAGACCCCACCACAGGUCGUCGCAGCGACCCUCUGUACAAGCACUUUCCCUUGCUGUAUUGCUUGCGCGUGGACCCAGCCACGGAUGCUGUGCUCGGAGCCUACGGCAUUCUCUACGACAAUGGCUGUCGUGGCUUUGUAGACACGGGCGCCGAGAUUAGUGCUUUCCGAGGCUCUUACCGCCAUGCCCAGUUUGAUGGCGGUGACCUGGAAUACUACUUGGUUGUCGGUGCCACGCUGCGUGACGUCGUUCGUCGUAUGGCGGCUCUCAUUGGCCUGCCUGCUCCCUCCCCGCGCUGGAUGUUUGGCUAUCUGGGCAGCACCAUGGCAUACACGGAAAGCCCAAAUGCACAGGAGCGUCUGAAGCAGUUUGCUCGGGACUGCGAUCACCACGAUAUCCUGUGUGAUGGCUUUCACUUGUCUUCUGGCUACACGUGUGUGGAUACCCCAGAGGGUGGCUUUGGCGCGCGCUGCGUCUUCACGUGGAAUCAACGGCGCGUGUCAGAUCCAGCGGCUCUUUUUGCUGAUUUUAAUGCUCGUGAUGUUCGUCUGGCUGCUUCUUAUCCCUCGGCCAAGUGCUCUUUGUGCUUGGCCCUCCCCCGCACCACGCCAAAGGCCUCACCUAGCACUGAUGCGGACAUUCACGUGCUUCCCAAUAUCAAGCCCUGGCUUUUGCAAGCCGAUCAUCCAGAGUAUGCACAAGUGGCUGCCUCGGGCGGCAUGGUGCGCACCAGCGAUGGACAAGCGCCACUGGAAGGAGUGUUUUGGAGUGGCGGCGAAGGCUCGUUUGCCGUGGGCAGCUACGUCGACUUUGCAUCCCCCACCGGCUUUGCUUGGUGGGUGCGCUCUGCGCAGGAGCAGCUGCUGCAACAUGGGGCCACUGGCUUGUGGAACGAUAACAACGAGUACGAGGUCGACGAUGAUUUAGCGCUUUGUGGCUCGGGCCUACCCGGAAGCGAGGGGAAUGCUUGUCACCCCUUGCUCUACAUGCGACCCGUUCAAGGCAUUCUGAUGGCCAUGGCCAGCUAUUCGGCACUGGCAGAAACCUAUCCCGAUCGUCUUCCGGUCAUUGUCAGCCGCUCUGGGAGCCCAGGGGCCCAGCGCUUCUGCGUGCAAACCUGGACGGGCGACAAUCGAACCUCGUGGCGCACACUGCGCUGGAACACCCCCAUGGGCCUCAACUUGGGGCUGUGUGGGUGGCCAUGCAACGGCCACGAUAUUGGCGGCUUCAAGGGCCCCAUGCCGGGACCGGAGCUGCUGGUGCGCUGGGUGCAGUCGGGCAUCUUCCAGCCGCGCUUCUGCAUUCAUUCGUGGAACGAUAAUCAGACCUGUACAGAGUUGUGGUCGUACCCAGAACACGUAGACACGUUGCGGCGCUGCUUGCAGCUACGCUACCGGCUUUUGCCCUAUCUGCAUUCGCUGGGUGUUGAAGCGCAGCAGUUUGGGGACCCGAUUGCGCGGCCCAUUGUGCUCGAGUAUUCGGCCGACCCCCACUUUCGUGGCCAGGUGCAGCCCCAUGACGAUGCCGACGGCGACGGCGGAGCUGCAACGCCAAAUUCAGACCCUUCCGACUUGGACCUGUCUUUUGGAGCGAGCUGUGAUUGGCUGUUGGGCUCAGCGUUGUUGGUGGCGCCAAUUACUCGACAAGGUGCCAUGGAGCGGCGCGUGCGGUUGCCUGGGGCUUUGGCUGGUGGUGUAGUGGACGGCACGACAUGGUUUGACUGGCGCACGGGUAAAGUGCACCAAGGCGGGAGCAUCGUGUUGCUCAAGGGUGGGCUGGACGCUUCUUCUUGCCCCCUCCUGGCCACCUGGUAUGAGCGCGAGCCAGAUUCACGACAGGCGGGCAUUGCGCGGGUCGACCUCCGAGCCGAGGCGGUGGCGGGCUCAGAUUUGACGUUUACCAUUGCGGUGACGACGGCCAUCAGCCAGGCAGCGGGAUAUACCUUGCCGUACAAGGCACUGACGGUGCUGGUGCCCAAAACGCAGUGCCAGCAGCUCCAAGCUGCGGAUGGCACGCCCCUACCCGUCGCCACCGACGUACCGAGCCUCUACGAAUUGGGCCUCGACCCCGAAGCCUAUGCCGCCUUUACCCUGCCCCUUUGA